UAUGCCAUUUGAUAGAUAUACUUACAAAUUGUAGUAUAUUUGGUGUCGAAUGUUGGUGAUCGGUGAACAGUUGUAUGUAAUUUAAUAGUUUAACACAGACUAUUUAGAAACACUAUUUAGAAAUAUUGUUGCACUUUAACACUUUCAAUUAAAAUUUAUAAUAUAACAAUUAAUUUGUUUUAGGUUAUGAGCAAACGAGUAAAGUAUACUAUAAAUAUAUGACCGCAUGGUAUAAACAAUGAUUAACACAAAAAUAAUGGAUAUAUUUAUACUAUACGAUCAGUAUUAUAGCUUGAGCAAGCGCAUUUAUGUGAUGAACAUAUCAAUCAGAGUCGAGCAGAGUGAACCGUGUCUAUUAUGUUUUAAAUAACCGUGUUUACACCGCGCUCAAGAACAUUCUGUGAACUAAUCCACGAUGUUAAAAGUGUUAAAACACGCUCACUGAACUGUUAAAUUUCCAUUACACAUUUACUGCACCGUUCAAUGUUGGAAAAUACCGACCAUGAACCAUAAUUUAAUUUAACCACAACACGGUUCACACACGGUGUUUAAAUCGUUGAAAAUACACAGUUAAAAGAAACCGACACUAAACGCUAAAAAUGAUACUCUGGCAGUAACCUUUCCAUGUUCUUACCUUUGAACAUAAAGUCAUUGUCUAAAUUAGAGACUACUGAAUCUAGACAGUUUGAACUAUCAUCUUCAUCAAGUAAAAAUAUUUUGGCAGAGUCGUCUAAUACGAGUAGAUAUUUUGACAUUAUAUCAAUCAACUUUAAUACUGAUAUUGACAUUAAAAAUCACAUGAAAAAUUACUAGCUACUUUUCCUGAGGACUCCUUAGAAUUUUCAAUUCCAACCAGUGUCGGCCUGGCCAGGGCCGCGGGGCCGCGAACGCGUCCGGGGCCCCCGGCCGUAUUUGUGUCGAGGGGCCCCUAUAAUACUAUAAAAUACAUAAAUAUUGGAUAUUGAAUAAUAUUAAUUUUUUUAUAUAUUAUACCAACUUCUGGUGAAUGGGUAUUAAAAUUGGUCAUAUACGUAAGUACUGGAGCUGGUUAUAUUCGUUCGUGGUAUUAAGCGUACGGCAUAGUAAUACUGUAUAUAAAAUUAAUGCGUCUAAUGUCUAAAUUAAGAAUAUUGAUUACUGAAUAAUAUAAUUAUAUGUAGGUAGGUACUAGGUACAUAUCUUUUUUGUAUGUUUGAUAAAAUAUUGGGUGGGUAGACUAAAAAUCUCUGUUCCUUAUGUUAAAAUAGCUCGCCUCGCCAUAUAACUAAAAUAUUAUUAAUUUAUAAUGUUACUAUAUAUUUUAUUAAGAUCAUGAAUUAUAAGCAUAUAUUAUUUUGUUGUCUGUGUGAAUGAUUAUUGUUAUCGUAAAUAAUAAAUAGUUAUCGACAUCCAGACGGAAAAACCAAUGUAUCUACCUAUAUUUAGAACAGUUUUACCGCAACUUUCCGAUUAGAAUGGUGUACUACGUAAUCGUGUGUUCGUUUUGUUUUUAUUAUUUAUAUUGUCAAUUGUCAUUUGUCAUUCAAUAAUCAAUGUGACCAUACAAAAAUAUACCGUGUUGACGCGUAGUCGCCUUCUGUAUUUUCUGUUUCUCUAAUAUCAUAAAUUAUGAAACGCGUUUAUAAGUCAGGUUGUGAAAAGAGGAAUAGGAAAAAUAAACAAUUGCUAUUAGAAGUCGGAUCUUCUUCAAAUCAAACAAAAAUUAAUUUUUUCCCUGUGCCUAAGCAUCAAUUUCGGACAGAAGGUAAGUGUAAUGGAAAAAAAAAUAUAUUUUCAUUAGUUAUUUGUUUGUUAUUUUUUUUUUCUUAUGCAGAAGGCAAUAUUAUCAGAUGUCCAGAAGACACCCAAGACAGUCAAUGUGCUAGUUAUGUUGAAGACAUAAAUGAUAGCAAUGCUAUAAAAUUUUCAAAAAACACUCAAGAAAAUGAAUGUGUUGAUUUUAUUGAAGACACAAAUGAAAACAAUAUUGUUGGAUGUCCAGAAGACACUCAAGAUAGUGAAUGUACUAGUUGUGUUGAAGACAUAUAUGAAAGCAAUGUUAUCAAAUGUCCACAAAACACUCAGGAAAAUGAAUGUGCUAGUUUUAUUGAUGGCGCAAAUGAAAGCAAUAUUAUUGGAUGUCCAGAAGACACUCAAGACAGUGCAUGUACUAGUUAUGUUGAAGACAUAAAUGUUAAUGAAACUUCUGAGCUGAACAUAAAUACUCAAAAUUCACAAUUUUCUCAAGUUUUUAAGGACCCUAUGGUUUGUACAAUUUCAAACUUUAUUCGUCCCUCAGUGAGUGAUUCUGUUACAGCAAAAAAUAUUUUUUUUAACAAGCAUCCGAUACAACCUUAUGUACAAUCAGGAACAGGUAAAGUUGACUUUAAAAGAAUAUACUAUAAACAACUGCCAAAUGGUGACAUUGUUCAGAGAAAAUGGGUGUCAUAUUGUAUCGAUACAAAUUCUUUACAUUGUUCCAAUUGCAUGGCAUAUGGAGUGCAUGGGAAGUAUGGAGAAAUUGAAACUAAAUUUAUAUCUGGUUAUAAAGUGGAUAUAAAAAUUAAUAAAUGUUUAUAUCGUGAUAUAAUAAUCCAUGAAAAUUCUAUUUUCCAUAAUAAUUCUACAAAUACAGCUGUCCGUUUUAAAUUGAAUAAAGAUAUUCAGUCAAUAUUAAAUCGAGAUGUUAUGGCAAAAAGGGCUCAACAAGUAGAAAUCCGAAGACAAAUAUUAAAGCGUUUAAUUGACAUAGUUUUGUUUAUUGGACGACAGGGAAUACCUUAUCGUGGAAAGCAUGAAGCUGCUCAUUCAUUGACUGACAAUAGUUUAAACCAUGGAAACUUUUUAGAGCUUGUUAAACUUGUAGCAAAAUAUGAUACUAUUCUAGGACAACAUGUAGAUAAAUCAGUUACACUAAGUGAAAAAAACAAAAACAAAAAAGGCCGAGGAUGUAUGGUAACUUUUUUAUCAAAACACUUUGUAAAUGAAAAAUUAAUUAAGUCCAUAGGAGCAGCUAUUCAAGGAAAAAUUGUUGAAGAAAUUGUUGAAUGUAAGAAAUUUAGCAUAAUGAUUGAUAGUACUCAAGACGUGAGCACUAUGGACCAGCUUGCAAUUUGUGUUCGUUAUAUUUUUAACGGAAUCGUACAAGAACGGUUACUAAGUUUGGUCAUUUGUAAAGAUUCUAGUGGUAUAGCACUUUUUAAAUUGUUGGAAGAUAAUUUGAAACUUCAUGGUCUAUUACUUGAAGAUAUUGUGGCAUGUUCUUUUGAUGGAGCAGCUAACAUGAAGGGGAUAUAUCAUGGUUUACAAGCAUAUUUAAAGAAAGUCAAUCCAGAUAUUGUAUAUACUCACUGUAUGGGCCAUGUUUUAAAUUUGGUAAUGAGCGAGUCUACAAAUAAUUUACAGUUAGCAGAAGAUUUAUUUGGGUUAAUUGAACAAUCAGCAGUGUUCUUAACCGAUUCUCAUAAGCGAAUGACAACAUGGAUGAAUGUUACAGGAGAAAAACAUUCUGCACAUGGAAAACUCUAUCGUUUACAAAAAAUUGGUGCCACUAGGUGGUGGAGCAAAGAAAAAGCUUUGUCUUCUAUCAUGGAUUUACAAAUGAUUGAAGAUAACGAUGAAGUUGAAAAUAGUAAGUUUGUUACUUUAUUAGAGUUUUUAGUUGCAGUCUGCAAAGGUAACUUUAAUGUUCAGACUAAAUACAUGGCAAAAUCUUUAAUAACUAAUUGGUCAAAAUUUGAAACAAUAUUAAUUGCUAAUUUGUUGCUUGAUAUUUAUGCUGUAACAAGUCCUAUAUCAGUUUAUUUGCAAACUAAAUCUAUUAACUAUUUACAAGCUUGGAAUAUGAUUGAAACUUUACAAAAGAAAAUUGAAAAAAAAAGAAAUGAAAAUUACAUAAACUCUUUGUAUACAAAAUGCAAGUCUUUUGCUGAAAAAAUUAAUUUGUUUUUUGAUGAAGAAGACCUGAUAGAUAUUCAAGAAGAUUUUCCUAUUAAGCGUAUUCCAAAAAAAAAAACAUUAUCUGGAGAAAAGUGUUCAGAUGAAGUUAGAAAUAUAACUCCUUAUUCAAAAUUUAAGUCAAAUGUAUAUUCUGUUUUAGAUACUAUUCUUAAUAGCAUACAAUCACGAUUUUUACCUAAUGAAAUGUUAUUAAAAGAUUUAAAUUGGCUAGAUCCUAAAACAUUUUCUUUUAUUGAUGAACUUGAACAAUUUCCCAAAGACUCAUUGAACACAAUAUGUAAAUUAGCAAAUUUAAACAAAGAUAUCAUUGCAAUUGAGUUAAAGCAGUUUGCUUGCCAGUAUAACAAUUUUAUACAAAAUGUAUCUGAAAAUGAUUUUCAUAAUAAUAAAUCUAAAUUUGUUAACAUAGAUUUUGAUGAAGAUGAAGAUGUUGAAGUUAAACCCACCGAACAAAUUAAAUGUAACAAAUGCACUAAAUGUCUUUACUGUGCAUUCAUUUUGCUCCAAGAGUUAUCAUGUCAAUCUAAUUUAUUUUGUAAUUUGUUCAUAUUAUAUAAAUUUGUAUUGCUAUUACCAUCGACACAGACUACCUGUGAAAGGAUAUUUUCUAAACUAAAAAUAAUUAAAACUAAACUUCGGUCUUCUUUACACCAAGAACAUCUUAAUCCAUUGAUGCUCAUGUCCAUCGAAAAAGAUAUUUUUAUUGACUCAGAUAAAUUAAUUGAUUCAAUUGCUAACUCAUCAAAUCAACUAAAACAAUUACUGAUAUAA